AUGAGUGAUCGAGUAUGCGAGGGGGAUUUUGGGAACGCGAAAAAUGAGGCUCAAAUUCCGGGAGCUGUUGCUAGACCAAUCCCAAAACCAAGAACGAAACUUCCGCCAGAUUCGAAGAAAUUAGAUGCAGAACAUGGACAAAAAGAAGGCUCUCCAACAACAAGUGGAUCAGAGAUCCAUUCCGAGAAGGUUCCCCCGCCCCGUCCACCACCACCCCGACUAUCCUCUAAGGGUUCCUUACAGGCUCCAAAGUUACCCCCUCGUCCAACACUUCCUGCAAUCACUCCAUUCGUUGAUGUAAACAAAUCUCCAUCUCCUCCACCAUUGCCACCAAGAUUUGGAGCCUUUCCCUCUUUACCCCAUCCGAUCCUUCCACCAAUGGAUCCACCGAAUCUUUUGCCAUUCGACUCACCCGUUCCCGCAUCACCAUCAGCAAAACCGCCAUAUCCAAUGGAAGAUCGAUUGCCACUACAUGCACCAAAGAUUGGUUGGAGAUCACACUGGUCAUCAACGGACGAUCCAAUGGAGCCGCUUCCAGAAAUCCCAUCCGGCAUCGUGUUUCGGAACGAUAACAAAGAUCUUGAUAAUGUUGUUGAGAAGCUGCCGGUGAAUUUGGUGCCCGAUCGACCAGCGUUGCCCGCACACUUUGAGUCGACUAGAGUACCAGAGCUCAUCUCAACCAAUCUUCACUUGGACACACCAAUAACUAUUGAGAAGAGUACUCCGCCGAUUGAUCCUGUGAAAAAGGGAUACGUUGAAGCCGUGGCUGACGAUUAUGUCGAUUAUGUGGAGAAUCCGAUCUAUCUUCGAUUGGACUCUUUCUUGCAAAGAACUUUCCAUGACACUUCGGCAAAGAGCCACAGCGUGGGAUAUGCAGAUAGUAGCGCUCAGAUCGAUGUGGCUGUGAAUUUGCCGUAUGUGAACCCUCCACAUCCAUCCACCAUUCUCCCUCAACGACCCAUCAACGAAAAUAGUCCAGCAAAGAGCCUCCUUUCACCUUCAAAUGGAUUCAUCCCGUCUACGAUCAGCCCAUCAAGUUUAAAUCUGAUGCGACCGUCUUCAAUGAUUUUGCCCGAAAAAAAUUUACCGUCAUUGCCACGAGCCCCAUCAUCAGAGCUUUCUCCUGGAGAUCAAACCCCAACACUGCCACCAUUGCCGACAACAGCCGGAAAAUCAAGCGAAAGCACUGACACUUUAACUCCGCACGAUCUGUCGCCUAGUUCUCUUUCCGAUGAAGAUCCACCAACACCAAUUGCUGGAGGGCAAACAAUGUUUAUCUCGAACAAUCAACCACCAUCAACUCCCAUCACUUAUCCGAAAUUACCUCAAGAAAUCAACUAUCGCAGUGGAAAUUCAGGAAUCAAUGACAUGUACAGCGACAUAAACACCGACUCAUUUUUACCUUCAGAAGAAGAUUUGGCUCAUUCUAUCGAGCCGGCUGUUUGUGUGGAUACUGAAAACAAUCCUCCAUCAGUGGAUGGAACAGCUGUUUCGUAUUCUGGUUCUGCGGAGUUUUUUGCAGCUAAAAAGGAUAAGAAGAUUGCAUAUAUUCGGUUAAAUCAUGGCCGAAUCUCGGUUUAUGACAAUGAGGAUGGGGAAAUCAAUCCAAUCGCUGGUCCAUUUGAGCUUUUCAAAGCUGAAUUUAUUGGGAGACAAGCUGAAACAAGCACAAUCGUUUGUCGCUUUUUAACGGAAACGACAGAUCCGAAGAAAGUGUUAAAAGAAAAGGAUAUGAAGAAAGAGCUACGAUUCACUCCAGAUGAACACAUCGAACAUUGGUUAUUGCUUUUAGGACAGUGCUGGCUUUCACCAUGGGAAGAUCUGCGCCAAAGUGCGGCUGAAGGCUUGAUUGCAUGUGGAAGGAUUUGGCUGCGACAAGGGACCGGCCAUUGGACAUGUGCUAUUGCAUUCCUUCAAAACAAACUUCUCAACUAUUUAGUGCAAGAGCAUGCUGAUGUGAUUUAUGAACUUGAUUUGCGGAAAGUUAUCUCAAUCAAGGGAAAUCUCGAUCAAUCACAUUGGUGUCCGCAUGUAGCAAAUAGAGAAAAGGGCAAAGAGAAAAGUGGAAUGGGACCAUUUCUGAUUUCGGUUGAAGGAGGAUCGGUGUACAUUGAAUGUGAUGAUGCCUCGUCGGUGGUGUUGUGGAGGAGAUUGUUGGAGACAGCACUCAUGAGUUCUCCCUUCGAUCUCACGGAGUGUCGGUUGACUUAUGAAGACAUUCCAGUUCACAUUGAUAAGUGCAUUCGAUUUGUCACAACUUAUGGCUUGACCCAAGAAGGCUUGUAUCGGAAAAAUGGACGUGUGGCCGAGGCAAAGAAAAUUCGUGAAAGCCUGCUACAAGACCCUUGGGAGUAUCGAAUCGCUAACGAUAGCGAUGAGACAGUGCUGGCUGUGGCGGAUGUGUUGCGUCAAAUUCUCCGCCAGCUCACUUCUCCCCUCUUUCCCAUUCAAUUUCACGAGGAUUUCUUCAACAUUUAUCGGAUGUAUUCGAUUGGCGAUGAAAGAAGUGUUAAAAAGCACAAAGAAUACAAGGAACUCUUUCAGCGAUCAUCAUUCCCAUUGGUUAACUACAGUACAAUUCGGCGAUUGAUUGCGCAUUUAUGCGAAGUUGAACAGAACUCUCAACACACAAAAGCUUCUGUCGAAAAUUUGGCAAAGAUAUUUGGCCCAAAUUUGUUCAGCGUGGAAUCUCAGGGCGUUUACGAUACAAAUGCUCCUUUACACUUACAGCGAACACGAGUGGAACCUAGUUGGGUGUGCUACUUGGAAGAUGAUUGGCAUGAGAAUCCGGUUGAUGAGCCAACUAUUGGCGUUGUUGCUGAUAUGAUGAAGGGUUAUGCGGAGAUCUUUGAUGUAACAGUCAGAGAAUCGACUAGUCGACGAAGAAUUGAUAGUAUGGAUAUUGUGGCUCGACAGCACAAGAAACCAGCUGGAAAUUUGUUAGUCUCGAUUCACCUUUGGGAACGGGAUAAUCAAGCAUUCAAUGUGAGCAGUGAACUGGUGGCUGAACAGGUUUGUGCUGAAGCCACUCGUCGGCCUGGCUUCGACGCACCACCCGAUGGUUCGUAUGCGGUUUUUGAGGUGAUUUUGAAUGGAGCUCUGUCGAGACGGCUUGCUUCUCACGAAAAAAUCUCGUCCAUUGUUGUGGGAAGAUGGAUGCAGUGGAAGUGCAAUGACGGAUUUCUGCUUUUCAAUCACGAUACCACUCAAAAAGAUCCAACCAAAAGCACGUUCUCCGGGAAGGUGAAAGUGGCAGAGCCUGGAUCGAAAAGUUUCAAAUCGGCUGAGCUGGCAAUUGAAGAAGGGAUUAAGAUCUCGAUGUACAAAAACAAUAAGCAUAUUCAAACAUGGCCUAUCGAUGACACUUUGUGGUUCGUGGGAGUAACUGCAUCGAGAAAGGCUCCCAUGUCUUUUUCUGCCACAUUUUUUGUGGAUACAGGAUCGGUGAUUGGAGAGAGAUCGGGAUGGGUCGUAUCAUGGAGUACAUUGAAUGAAAGAAAUCAUUUCAUGAAUGCCAUCUCUCGGGCACAAUCGCGCGGUGUCCCGCCAGUUCUUCUUCGUUUA